GAGUAACCCAACACAGUCAGUUUUCGCUAAGAGAGCUCUCGUUGAGAGAGCGGAUAUCGCUUACCAUUUGUUUGCGGACAUAUAUCGCCUAGUAUUUUCGUUAUUUUUCUCUUACCAUCAGAUCUAAUGAUCUGAAUCAAACAAUAUAGUGUUGCAGUGAUGGACUGCGACGGUAAUUCAACGAAACGAAAAUUGAACAAUUUUACACUGAAGCAGAAGAUUGACAUACUGAAUAACAUCAAAUGUGGGAACAAAUCGAGGUACGCCAUUUGCCAAGAAUAUAAUAUUGGCGAAAGUACUUUGAGAAAAUGGAUACACGAUGAAGACAAGUUGAGGGAAUUUUGGAGCAAGAAUAACACGUGCUCAAGCCAUAAGAAAAUACGCACCGAAGAUAACCCGCAUUUGGGAGAGGCAUUAUUCAUUUGGUACAAUGAAAAUAGGAUAUCAGGAAUUCCUGUUACUGGUCCUGUUUUGAAAGCAAAAGCCCGGAUUCUAAACAAACUAUUGGAUGGUAAAAAGAACUUUUCGGCGAGCAACGGAUGGUUCAGUAAGUGGAAGAAAAGAUACAACAUUCGAGAACUGUCGAUAAGUGGAGAAAAGAAACCGUCAGACGCGAACGCAGUUGAACAAUGUAUAAUCGAACUAUCGAAGUUAAUAAACAGAAAUUCGCUAUCAAGAUGCCAGAUAUUCAACUGCGAUGAGACCGUUUUAAAUUAUAAAAUGCUCCCGGAUCAAGAAACCGGGAAAAAAAUCGAGGAACAGCAAGAGUUGAAAAAAAUCAACAAUGAACGUGUGACGGUUAUGGCUUGCAGUAAUUCUGACGGCAGUUUGAAGCUGCCUUUGGUCGUGAUUGGAAGGUGGGAAAAACCAAGAUCUCUCAAAAAUAUCCAGUCGAGUAAUAUUCCGGUAUUUUAUGCGAGCCAGCAAAAGGCCAGGCUGAAUCGUAAGAUUUUCAACGAAUGGUUCGAAAAAGAAUUCGUCACUCGCGUAGCCGGAUUUUUAACGGAAAGAAGCUUACCGCUUAAUGCGAUACUGAUCGUCGAUAACGCGUCGUCCCAUUUAGCCAUCAAAGCAUCCUUCGGCGAUAUAAAGACACAUUUUCUGCCGGUAAGUGCAGCUGCUUCUUCACUCCUGCAGCCGAUGGAACAGGGAAUUUUUCAAACCCUAAGAAUCCACUUCAAGCAUGCGCUGGUUACGUCCGUCGUCAAUGCUUGGGAGGAUGGAAUCGAUGUGAUCCGAUAUUCGAGAUCAGUCAAUUUACGUGAGGUCAUUCACUGGGUCAAUGACGCGUGGGAAGAAAUCAGUCCAAGCAGCAUGAGUAGGUGCUGGGAAAAGCUCCUGCCGGGAAUUCCAGAGGAGAAUCAAAAUGCGCGGAACACUUCCUCUCAGAUGAUAACUUCUUCCGAAAUUCUCUGUGCUCUGCGGCGAGUUGACGAGUACAAAAAUUUGACUGAGAAUCAAGUCAAUGAAUGGAUUGCUUAUGAGAAUAUGGAAGCUAAAUCGUCGACAAUGAUGACCGACGAUGAAAUCAUUCAAAUGGUUUUGAGCCAACGAAACGAGGAUGCAACUAACGAUGACGAAAUUACCUGCGAAGAUGAAAUCGAAGUUACGGCUACUGAUACAGUCAACGCCAUAAAUCGAGUGAUACAUUACUUUAAGAAAUCUAACUGCAUGACUAGCUUAGAAAUUUCCAAUUUAUACAAACUGAAGGGAAGAGCUCUUACAAUAAAAAUGAAAUCGUAG